AAGGGCUGGAGCUUUUUGCUCCUCUAAUCAAUCCUUUGUUUGGAGAAGUUUGGAAAUACCUUGUGAGGAAGUUCUGUGUUGUAGAGCAGCACGGCAGGGUGUAAACAGAACUGGGAAGGCAGCAGGGGCUCCGCGUGGUGCCGGGGGAGGUGAUGCAAAACCAGCGGUAUCACCAUGAAGCAACUUCCCGUCAGCAGAGCCCAGCCAGCCGUGUCGUGUCGGAAUGUCACACUCUUGUCACCCUCACUGGGUGAAAAAAGAAAGAUUUGGCAUCCUUGGUCAGCCCCAAACAGGGAGGUGACACUCUGCUUUUGUCCCUCAGGGUGAUGCCAACUUGAUCCAGAGCCAUGUCCAGGUACCUGAAGCAUUUCACUGUGGUGGGCGAUGACCCCGUGCAAUGGAACAACGACUAUCGGAAAUGGGAGGAGGAGGACGAGGCUGGGGAGAAGCAGCCAGAUGGAGAGAUCAAGCUGGAGCCCCCCAGGAGAAACAUCUCCUUCCAGUACAUGAUGAAAAAGCUCUUCAGCUCUCACAGGUUUCAGAUCGGGAUUGUCUGCUUGGUAAUCCUGGAUGCCUUGUUGGUUCUUGGGGAAUUGCUUAUGGAUUUGAAAAUCAUCCAUCCGGACAGAUAUAAUAUAACCCCGAAGGUUUUCCACUACCUCUCCCUGUCCAUUUUAACCAUCUUCCUGGUUGAGGUGGGGUUUAAAGUCUUUGUCUACCGCCGGGAGUUCUUCCACCACAAGUUCGAGGUGCUGGAUGGGAUCGUUGUCAUCGUGUCCUUCAUCCUCGACAUCGUCCUCCUCUUCCGGGAGCACGAGUUUGAGGCCGUGGGGCUCCUGAUCCUCCUGCGGCUCUGGAGGGUGGCCCGGAUCAUCAAUGGAAUCAUUUUAUCGGUGAAGACCCGCUCGGAGCAACAAGUGUCCAAGUUAAAGCAAGCAAACCUGAAACUUGCCACAAGGGUGGAACAACUGGAACACAGCUGUUUGGAGAAGGAGCAAGAAAUCGAGAGGCUGAAUAACAUAUUGAAACAGCAUGGACUCCUCAGCCUGCAAAAAUAGGAGGCCAGUUUUCCAAGGUGGGAAUUCUGCUGUGUUGGAAUCUGCCAGCUUGACCUGAAAGGUUUUUCUGUCUCUUUGCUUCCUCUUGUAUUCUGUUUUCUAUAAACAUUUUCUAUUUGACCCCACUUUGAUCAGACCUUGGGAUGGCAAAAAUAGUUCUACUGAAAAAUUAAUCACACACAGUCCCUGUAAACAGUAUUUUUUUUUCUUUUCUUGUACAGUUGUACAGUCAAAACUGCAAA